AUGCCAUUAUCAAAACAGCAACGAAAGAAGAAAACAAUCCAACAUGAACUAACGAUCAAUGACGACGAUCAUGAUGAACACGAAAAUGGUGACGACGACUUUGAUGACUUGGAUCAAAGAGCAUCGUCCUCAUCCGUUUCAAAUCACACACAACGUAUUUUAUAUAACCGUGUUGAGGUUGAAAAGGAACUUGCCAUCAAAAAACAAUAUGGGCAAAACAAAGCAGGAACUUCAUUAUUUUCACUCUCAUCAUAUGAUGGUAAUAAUUUCAUUUCCGAUCAUCAAGAUUUUGAAAUCGAACAAGAAAAUGACUCUGAUCGGGAAUUGAAAAUUCAAUCUCCAAAAACUUGUCCUUCAUCCAACGAGUCAUUACUGGCAAUUUCAGAUCGAUUAAUGGGCUCUAUUUGGGGACAUGUCUAUGGUGACGUUGUGGGUUGUCCUAUUGAGGGUUGGAAGAGUGGAGAAAUUCGAAAAUUCUAUGGAAAUAAGGAUUUACAACUAUUCGAUUUUUCACAAAUUAUUACCAAAGGAUAUCCAAGUAAGGAAUUGAUGGCAUCCAAAGAUUUUAAACAAUUAGAAAAAAAGAGACAAGUAUCUUCAAAGAAAGAACGAAAAGAAUCUGCCACUGAAUUAUUCUUACGUCAUAUUCGUCCUGUUGGAAUUCACAGUGACGACACUCAGCAAGGUCUCGCACUCAUGAACGCAAUCAUUGAAUUUGUCUUGGAAAAUUAUCAAGAUGAACCGACUUCUUCAAAAUUAUUACCUAUUAAGGUUGAAUUUGUGGAAUUUUGGGCCAAAUGGUUAAUGGCUGGUUUCAGUGAAGGUAAUUGUGAAAUAGUUCGUCCUUCUUCUGGAGAUUCGGACGAGAGUCACACACCAAUUCUAUUAGCAAAGAAUGCAAGAGCCUUCAGACAAUUUGGUUCCAACACUUCGCGGGCUUUGAAAAAAUUAACACUUCAAAAAUGUAGCGCCUAUGACAGUGGUUCGAACACAUUUGGAAUUGGAGGAAUGAUGAGAUGUGCUAUUGCGCCAAUUUGUUUUGCAUUGAAAGAUUAUCUAAUCAAAAUGGAUUUAUUUGGAGAAUCCAAAGAAUUUUUAAAAUGUCAGCAAAAUGAAGAACAGGAUGAUAUUUAUGAGAAAUCAAAAUCAAACGAAAACAGAAAACAAUCCAAACAUGCCUCUUCUUCUAGUCAGACUAUUGGAGAUGAUGAUCCAAUUUUGAAAGCGCUUUCCUAUUUCUCGUAUUCUCAAUGUCUUACCACACAUUCGACGAUUGAAAGUGCUACAGUCACAUUUGCAUCCAAUGUCAUUGCUUAUAAAUUCAUAGAAUGUGGAAAUAAUGAGGAAACGAUUGACUGGUUAUUGGAUCAUUUGCCACGAAUUUUAGCAAGACAUGAAACGUAUUGGUUUGAAAUGAGUUUUUGUCCUUCCUUGAAAAGAAAUCAAGAGAAAUCUGCCAAUCAAAUGUUUACAUUGUAUGAUCCAUUGAACCAUUCGAUUCAUACCGUGUCAUCUAUUUUAAUGGAAUUAUUUGAUUAUAUGAAAGAUCACAAAGAGGAUGAUUCAUUGUUGAAAGAUCUUCGUGAAAAGAUUUCUGAAAACGCUAAAAAAGCAAAACAGAAGCCUAUGAAAGCUUGUGUCAAUCAAGGAUUUUGUUUAUUGGGAGGAAUUCACUCGAUUGUCAUUGCUCUUCUUCCUGAACGAACAUCUAUUAUUUUGAAUGCACAUCCAUCCAAAGCACUCAUGCAAUCGAAAAACACUCGUUGUAACAUUCCAUUUCCUGAGCUAUUACUAUAUUCGGUAAUUACCAAUGGAUAUGACACUGAUACGGUUGGUGCCAUUAGUGGUUACAUGCUGGGUGCAAGAUUUGGUGUAUCGUCAUGGAUCCUCCAUAAAUCAUGCAUUGUGGAUUUUGAACGUAUUGAAAAGUAUGGAGAGAAAAUUGUGAAAUUUUGGAUGGACAGGAACCAUCCAACAAUGAAAGAAAUAACUACAACUUCCCCAUAUUCCAGUAUCGUUGAAGCAAAACUGAACAGUAUUCAACUGAUUGAAAGCAUGGAAGAAUAUUUGAAUCAAGAACGAUUACUUUCAGUUUAUUGUUCCAUUCAAAGACAUCAAAUUAUGGAUACCUAUGUACCCAUGUAUCGUCCAAACACCACGCAAACCAGUGGUCACGACGAGGAAAUGGUCCUUAGUAAGAGAACGGAUUAUCACUCCUUGUUGAAUUUACAGUAA